GCGAGCCGCUCUGUGCAAAGGGCUAAUGCAGGCAUGUCUCUCAGUACUUGAACUUAGACGAGGCUCAAUGAAUGAAAGGACAGCCUACACAAAUCUCUAUACUGCUCUGUUCAAAAGAGUCACUUCCAUUAUAUGACACUGUCACGACUGCUCCAGAAUCGAAGCUUGCAUCCUUCUGUUGUGAUACAAAAGCUCUUUUAUUUCUGAUCUUUGCCAGCGUGAAGCUUGCAGUGGUAAUGUGUUGGCAAAUAGGCGAUGCGAUGCCGGCUUAUGGGCCAUCAAUGCCCCAUAUAGUGGCAAAUGACAACGAAACAGAUUCGCCCUUGCGAAUAGCAGCUGGCCAGUGGCCGAUGAGAGCUUGAGUGCGUUCUGGCCAGGAAACAUGGUCCAAGCCCGCGGAUACGAGCUCAAACUUCCAUUUACGAAGUGGCUCCUAAUUGCACUGCU